CCGCUCCCGCCCGGCCCCGCUCCAUCCCCCGCCCUCCUCCCUCCCGCAGCCGCACCGAGCCUCAGACCGCGGCGGGGCCGGGCAGGGCCGCACCAUGACCGAGACCACCAAGACCCACGUUAUCCUACUGGCCUGCGGCAGCUUCAACCCCAUCACCAAGGGCCACAUCCAGAUGUUCGAGCGAGCCCGGGAUUACCUGCACAAGACCGGACGCUUCAUCGUCAUCGGCGGCAUCGUCUCGCCUGUGCACGACUCCUAUGGGAAAACGGGGCUGGUCUCCAGCCGGCACCGCCUGACCAUGUGCCAGCUGGCCGUGCAGUCCUCCGACUGGAUCAGGGUGGACCCUUGGGAGUGCUACCAGGACACCUGGCAGACCACCUGCAGCGUGCUGGAGCACCACCGCGACCUGAUGAAGAGAGUGACUGGCUGCAUCCUGUCCAAUGUCAACACGCCCUCCAUCACCCCUGUGAUCGGGCAGCCCCAGAACGAGUCCUCGCAGAACAUCUACCAGAACAACAACAGCGUCUCCAGCAAGCCCACUGCAGCAAAGAUCUUGGGGAAGGUGGGAGAAAGCCUGAGCCGGAUUUGCUGCGUUCGCCCGCCCAUGGAGCGCUUCACCUUUGUGGAUGAGAAUGCCAACCUGGGGACAGUGAUGAGAUAUGAGGAGAUUGAGCUGCGCAUCUUGCUGCUCUGUGGCAGCGACCUGCUGGAGUCCUUCUGCAUCCCUGGUCUCUGGAACGAGGCAGACAUGGAGGUGAUUGUCGGCGAGUUUGGGAUCGUGGUUGUGCCGCGGGACGGAGCAGACCCCGAGCGGAUCAUGAACCACUCCUCCAUCCUCCGCAAGUACAAAAACAACAUCCUGGUGGUGAAGGAUGACUCAAACCACCCCAUGUCAGUUGUCAGCUCCACCAAAAGCAGACUGGCCCUGCAGCACGGGGAUGGACACGUUGUGGAUUACCUCUGCCAGCCUGUCAUUGACUACAUCCUCAAGAGCCAGCUGUACAUCAACGCCUCUGGCUAAGAGCCCGAGCCCUUGCAGCGAGACAGCCCCGUGUCCCGCCUGCCUGCAGCUCUGCAUCACCCCUCUCUCUCUCUCUCUCAGUGUCUCCAUCUGUCCCCCAUCCCAUGGCCUCCUGCCCGUGUCUGCGUCUCACCCCCAGCACCAACACUCUGUUGUGCAGCCCUGUCCAGGGAAUGGUUUGGUCUCUUGCUCUGGGGCACUGCCCUGCCCUGUGUGCAUGGGGAGGGAGCGGGGCUGCUCAGGGAGCGACGUGCUCCAUGUGCUCCCAGCAUGUCCCUGGGAAAUGGUCCCCUCAGUCCAUCUUCCCAGCAUGCUCAGGGCAGGGGCUGCCUAUUCUGCAUCAUCUUACACAACCUAAGCUCAAAAAAUCUGGGUGGAUUUUUUUUUUUAUUAAGUAACUUUAGUGUGAGCCCUUUGGGCCUCUCAGCCCAGUGACCAACCAAACCCUGGCUGGCAGCAGACAGUUGUAACACAACCAGCUCAGUGCCCCACAGCAGGGGAAACCUCCUCAGGCCAGCCAUGAGACGACCCAGCUUACAAAACCCUCCUCCUGCCCCUGAAAAUUGUGGAGAGGGCAUUUCUAAAAGGCAGCAGAGGCCUUGGUGAGCCCUGCUGCUGAAGCAUUAUGGAGAGAAUGUCACAUCUCACCUUCCCCUAGCUGCAAGAACUGAAGCCACUCCCUAAGAUAGUGAAGUUGGGGUGAUGUUCUAUUCUAUCCCACAGAACCUAGAAAGGGAUCUGCCUUUUAUGGGGCCAAGAAAUUAUAGGGUAGAAAGAAGCAGGUGGUGAGCCAAACAAAGCCUCUGGUGAGAAUUUGCCCCAAACCUGGCCGUGUCCAUCCCCAUCCUCUACCUUCCAGAUCUCCAUUUCUGCCCCAUCCAUCUUCCCCUGCCAUUCCUACUCUCUGCCUCUCCUUGAGGAGCUCAUUAAAUGCAUGAUAACCUCCCCCUCCCAAGCCA